AUGGAGUUAAAUUCGCCGAUUGAGAGCCUUGAAGCCUUCCCUCUCUGUUACCAUCCAAGUUAUAAGCAAGUCCGGAAAGACCUGGUCGGAAGAGGCCAAAAGUUUCGGGAUUUAGCCGGCUUGUAUAUUCGGUACUGUAAAGGCAACGUAUUCUUUAUAAGCAAGGGGAAGAUUUUUAAACCGAACUACUCCCGACCAUCUCUCUGCGAUAUAGGGGUAAAAGAAAAGGAUGGGAUUACAGUUAUUGAUAUAGGCGCUAUAUUUAUGGAGGACUGUGAGCGAGAGAAGGAGAGAAUGCGAGGAGAUGGUCUGGAUGUGGAAUGUGUAGUCAGUGCUCUUAGGGAUAUUGACUGGUUAUCUGAAUUAUUUGAUUAUCUUCAGAUUCUAUCGGAUACUAAGACAAUGCUCUUGUUGCUGGCGAAAAUGCGUCUAGGUCUUAUACCAACCGUACCUUUUGACGAUGUGAUCGAUGGUAAAGGCUAA